AUGACUGAUAUUCCAGAAUUAGUAGUAGAAUUACCCAAAGAUGGCAUAAAAUGGCAAUCAGACGAAAAUAGGAUCGAAAGCAAGGAAAGCUCCUCAACUAAUAAUGAAACUAAUGUCGAUACUUCUUUUGCCCCAUCACAUACUGAAGACAGUAAAAAGAUACCAUUAACUUUAAUUACAGGAUACUUGGGCUCUGGUAAGUCUAGUUUAUUGGAAAUGAUCGGAAAGAAGUCGAAGAAGAGAUUAGCGAUUAUUUUAAAUGAGUUUGGAGACUCUGCAGAAAUUGAAAAAUCAGUGACAAUCCAAGAUUCAGAGAAAAACGAAGCCGUACAAGAAUGGUUAGAUCUAGGUAAUGGUUGCCUUUGUUGCACAGUCAAAGACAGUGGGGUGGAGGCUAUUGAGCGUCUCGUUGCGAAUUCUAAGUAUAAGAUAGACCAUAUUUUAUUGGAAACUACGGGAGUUGCUGAUCCAGCACCUAUCGCUAGAAUGUUUUGGUUAGACGAAGCAUUAGCGUCGAAUAUAUAUAUUGACGGUGUGGUCACUGUAUUGGAUGCUGAGAAUAUACUCAAGUGUCUAGAUGAUGUUGGUGGACAUUGGCAUAGGGUAAAUAACCAUUUGAAGGCUUCACAAUCAUUAAACGAUGAUUUGCUGGAAGAAGAAAUACUGGAUGAAUUGAAGAAGCUCGAAGAGGGAAUCACAACAGCCCAUCUUCAAAUUGCAUUGGCCGAUGUCAUUCUACUUAACAAGAUAGAUAAAGUAGGUAAUUCGAAGGCAAAAAUAGACAAAAUCACCAGCAGAAUUAAGGCAAUCAAUGGGAGUUCUCCGAUCCAUGAGACAUCAUUUGGUGAUAUCGAUCUAGACAAAAUCUUACACCUAAAUGCCUUCGAAGGAAACUCUGAAAGUCUUGCCAAGGCAUUGCAAAACACAAGCAAUAUGUCUUUUCAUGAUGAUAGAAUUGCUACCGUCACAUUGACUUUCCCGUUUUUCAACUCUACGGAGCAGUUUCAUCAAAUUGAAACAUUUCUUCAAAACAUCUUAUGGGAAGACACUGUUAAUGACAAGCCUGUCGAGAUUCAUCGUGUCAAGGGUUUGUUCAUUCAGCAGGGUGACCCUCCGGUCGUCAAGGUCGCCCAGGGAGUCAGGGAUACUUAUGAUAUAAUUGAAGGUGGUAGACUACUAGAUGGUGUAGUUGAAAACAAGUUGGUUCUAAUUGGAAAGGGGUUAAAUGUUAAAGAUCUUAAUAUUGAGCUAAACAAGUAUCUCAAAUACUAG